CGACGACGACAUCAAACGGCCGUAUAGAGGCUGAAACAUGAACGAUUGAGGCAAUGACUGAGAGGGAGCUGUGUGGGUGAAGUCUAACCAGCCCCAGCCCUGCCACGGGGAUUCCCGGCCGAGCCGCCGAAUUCUCAGAUGAUCAUUUCUGCGGAAGGAUUUACUAUCCCCGCAGAGGUUAGAAUUCACCCUUCACCCUCGACUGCAAGAGAUGAGGAGAAUGGUCUCCGUCGGAGAACUGGCCAACGAAACGGCUCGAAAAAACCACGGAGACGAAGGAAUGUCAGGUCCAGGGUCUCGUGUCUAAAUAGGAUUCGGGCUGAAUGGAGUAACGGCCCCCUUUCUUUUUUUUUUUUUUCUUUUUUUCUCUUUUCGGAAAUCAGAUGUCGUCCCGGGACCACAUCAGCGGAACGCUCAGUGCAGCAAACUCACAAAAACGAAUCUUAAGUGUCGGCGCAGUCGAGAGUGUCCGUCGCCCGUCCCGCAUCUCGGGAUUUGUUCUUUGAAGAUCACCGCCAGUUUCGGGAUAGUCUGACCGGGACUCUUAGACCUCG